AGCGAGGGAGGAAGAAAGAGAGGCAGCAGAGGGAGGGGAGCGAGGGAGGUAACAGUUUCCUGUCGUGUCUGCACCUUCCCCUCCGAGUGUGUGUCUGUCAGCGAGCAGAGACGAAGCCGAGCGGAACAGGAUGCAGGCGAUCAAGUGUGUGGUCGUGGGAGAUGGAGCUGUCGGAAAAACAUGUCUCCUCAUCAGCUACACAACCAAUGCCUUCCCCGGGGAAUACAUUCCUACUGUGUUUGACAACUACUCGGCAAAUGUGAUGGUGGACAGCAAACCAGUCAACCUGGGCCUGUGGGAUACAGCUGGACAGGAAGACUACGACAGGCUCCGCCCACUGUCCUACCCACAGACGGAUGUUUUCCUGAUCUGUUUCUCCCUGGUGAGCCCGGCCUCCUACGAGAACGUCAGAGCUAAGUGGUACCCGGAGGUCCGUCACCACUGCCCCUCCACACCCAUCAUCCUGGUGGGCACCAAGCUGGAUCUGCGGGACGAGAAGGACACUAUCGAGAAGCUGAAGGAGAAGAAGCUGGCACCGAUCACCUAUCCUCACGGCCUGGCUCUGGCAAAGGAUAUAGACGCAGUGAAAUACCUGGAGUGCUCGGCUCUGACCCAGCGUGGCCUGAAGACGGUGUUCGAUGAGGCCAUCCGGGCCGUGCUCUGCCCCCAGCCCACCAAGGUCAAGAAGAAGGGCUGCUCACUGCUGUAAAGGGUGAGAAACUGAAAAGAUUCUUCCAGGACCAGGGAGACGAGAGGAAGAGAUCCAAACUGCUGAGCCCGGGUUUCAAGAAGAACAUUUGAAAUGUCUGUAAUAUUUCUAAUAGAAAAAACAAAACUAGAUUUCCACUAGUUAAAAAAACAAACAAACAUGCUUUUGCAGUCGUAAAACAAUGGUAAAAUACUCUCUGUACAGCGAGACUGAAUCUUAAAGUUCAUUAUAUAUACGCAGCAGCAUCAUUUACCACAUCUCUGUAAGAUAAGACCCUUUUAUUGGAGUGUAUCACCCAGAUCACAGAUUGUACAUGAAUCCAAACUUCCUGCUUUUGUUGUUACACAGCACUUCUGAGGCCCAGAGUGAAUAAAGGUGUCUUGUGCUUCAGCUGUUGAGCGCUAACGAUUAAGAAUAAGGAUUAGGAUAUAGUUUUGUAUAAGUAGGGAAGUGAACAAUGUUUUUCAAUUAACAAUUAUUGACUAAUGUAUCCUUUGUUGUGAUAUGAAAAUAAAAGAUCUGUAUCUUUAA